AUAAGCAUCCACAAACUUUUCCUUUGCAGGGAGAUCUACUGCCACCACGAGUUGGAUGCUGAGCUCCUUGAGGAUGAUAGGUUGAGGAGACUAGCUUGCAUGCGGCAUCUGAAGCCAAGCGCAAGAAGGUCAUGCUCAUGACACAAUAGUUAACAGAUUUCCUAUUCCUUCUAUGUGACUACAAUUCUCUUCCAAAACUAAAAGAGUGGAGAUACCUUGAUGGGUUAUAUUGGGUUUUAUUAGUAACUCUGAUAUAGGCAGAUGAGUCCAAGUAAAGCAGAAAUCCAUGGACUUGUAUUAGAAAGGCAAAAGACAGACGAAGACACAGACUAGUCAUCGAUACCUUAAGCUCCCAUCACAUCAUCAUGUCAACUGACGAAUAUGAUUCACUCACUAUCUCAAUCUCCCAACAUCCAAAAAUAGAACUGGGUGCACCCAAUUAUCCCCCACUGUACCCACUACGUCAUCAACUCCAAGACAAUGCCUCCCCCCUCUCUCUCUCUAUUAUUCUGUAGGUAUGAAGAAGCUUUAUCGCAAAGGGACGGUGCAUCCAUCACCGCCAAACAAGCUUGACCAGUUGACCUUCCUCCCGGCAGCGAUUCUGACCCUCGCUGCCGCUCUCUCGCCGGAGGAAAAGGAGGUGUUGGCAUAUCUAAUCUUAUGCUCCGAUAGCUCCGGAAACAGCUUCUCAAACCACCAUCAACACCAUCGCCGAAGCCACCAAAGUGGGUCUUCCUCCUCGUCUUUUUCUAGAAGCAAUACGACCGGCAGCGGUGACCACCCGCCGUCGUUCAAGUGCGACUGUUUCAGAUGCUACAUGAGUUACUGGGCCAGGUGGGACUCCUCGCCGAACCGUCAAUUAAUCCAUGAAAUCAUCGAAGCUUUUGAGGAGUGGUUGGUUCAGAGUUCUAAGUUCAGUAAAAAGAGCAGAAAAGACAGGAAGAAAAAGGGAAGCGAUAGUAAUAGUGCUAGUAAUAAGAGGUCCAGUGAGUUGAAGCGGUCCGAGGCGAGUGAGAAGAACGAGUUGGGAGACUCCGACUCGGUGAUUGAAUCUAGCAGUAGCGGUGGUGGUGAUGGCGGCGGCGUUGGAGGUAUUGGUGGUGGUGGUGAAGGUGAAGGGGAAGAAAAAGGGUCUAUGAGGAGGGUGAUGAAUUUCAUCGGAGAGAGGAUAUGGGGUGUUUGGGGUUCAUCAAUCUGAAGGAAAAUGAAAGAGAGAAACAAAAGGUUGGUUUAAUCUUAGUUUUCUCUUCCAUAUAAUUUAGAACAUGUUUUUAUUUUAUUUUAUUUUAUUUUUGUAAAUUACCCCUUCUUGAGAUUAUUGAAAGAUGGGUAGCUUAAUUUUGGAUCAAAGUCAUGGGGUUGGUGUUAAUCAUCAAUUUUGAUGUGUUACUCCUAAACCAAAGCAAAUGGGUUCUUUCAAUUUCAAGCUCCUGCAUAAUAAUUAGAUACAGAUUUCAGAUCCUUAUGAAUGAAUGGAAAAUGACCAGUUUUCUUG